UCCGUGACGUCUUAGAGCUAAGGUGGGUGCUUGGUCAGUCUCCAGGAAGCAGUGGUGAAGAGAGAUGGGAAGAAGUCUUCAAUGAGGAAGCCAGAUCUCGCGUCCUCUUCUUUUACCCAACUCUGCGGUUGCCAUGGGGACCGCUUGGUACAAAUGGUUCUAGCCCCGCCCCACUCCCGUCUAGCUAGGGAUUUGAAGAUUUCAACUCUCUCUCAACUCCCCACACUCCUCCAAACAACUGAGAGGACCUGGAUUCGGUUGCCCAGAUGGAUAAUUUAUCCAGAAAAACAGCUUCAUGGCAAUCCUGUGACUGCACAGAUGAGACAGACUCCCCUCGGACCUCUGAGUUGAAGCUCUUGCGGGCCAGACGAGUGGCUUACUAUGAAAGUAUUGGGAUCCUCAAGACUAGCUCUCUUGGAAAUGGAAACAAAUCAGCAUUAAAAGCUUCCCUAAGAGCUCCUUUGGGUUGCAAAACAAGCCUCUCAGAAAGUCAGGCUUCUAUUUCAAGAGAUCGUUGGCAGUCACCUCACCCUGUAGUGAGUGAGGAUGUGAACAUGGGUCAGCAAAUACUCAAAAUGGCUGGUGAAAAAACCAAAGAAGAUAAAACUGUUGUGGGCCAGAGAGUCCAGGGAGAAAGCAGAAGAAAUAGUUGCCCUUCUGAAUUAGAUCUUUCUCUGCUUGAUGAUGUUUUGGUUCCAGAAACACGAAAACUAAGGCAUGUGAUGAAUUGGGCCCAGAGAUUUCUGACCAAACGCCAUGAAGGGCAGGAACUGACAAGUCCUCAAGAGAAUCCACCAUUUACUUUGUCUCUUCAUGGUCAAAGGAAAACAGGACAAGAUUUUCAAGAAACCUUUAUGAACUCCUGCCAUUCCCCCUCGCAGUCGAGAGAUGAUGACCCUAGGAUACAUGCAGAUUCUCAAAAAAGCUUUAGUUUUUCUUCAGUGACUACAGAGACCUUGCCAGAGACAUGUUUUCCUCUGGACCUUUUAAGUUCUUUAGAGGAGAGGUUUCCUGGUAACCAUUCUAGUGAGGGGCAGGAAGCUGCAUUUCAGAAGGAGAAACGACCCCCACUGUCACCUUUACUUGGUUUUAGGCAGCCUUGUUUUGUUCAGCCAACAUGUGAUGAGCCUGAAAAUACAUAUUCUCAAAAUCAAAGUGAGCCAGGAGAAACAGGCAUACCUUCUGAGAUAGUCAGUGUUCAGCAACAGCCUAAAGACCACUGUGAAAAGAAUCUUUUCAAUGAGGAUUGGCAUGGAAAUGAUUACUUUUGGGUCCCACUAACAGAAAGCUCUGAAGAUGAAUGUACAGAUGAAAAUGGGGAAAACUGGAGAACAUUUAGAAAGGAUUUUCAGCUCAGAGAUUCUGAAGAGGUUUCAGGAAUUUUUCUAUCUCCCAGAAGUCCUAGUAUGAUAGGUUUGAGGUCCCCUUGGUCAAAAAGCAAUAUUAUUUCUGUAUGGGAGACUGAUGCCUGUGAAAAAUCCAAAGAAGGAACAAUAACUAGUUGGAAACCUAGGGGUUUCAUAUCCAGGUUUCAGAUUGACAGCCCCUUGGAUACAGGGGACUCAGUGCUUAUAAGCAAGCUGACCACUGCCCAAUUUGACUUGCCUGUUGAUGACUUGAGGGUGAGAAAAGAAGAAUCACUCUCUCAAGAGUUAGACUUCAUGGUCGCCUCCAGGGAUCUCAACCAAAGAAAUGGGUUGCUAUCUGAGUGUGUGAAGGCAGAUAAGACUUUUGUUGCUCAAACAAUAAGUGGAAGUCAAGAAGUUAGUGCUUGCAAUGGAUUUGAUAUUGGUGAAAGUAAAAUCCAUAAGAUGGGCCAAAGACAAAUUAAUGAGAAGAGCCAGGGCAAUGAUUCACUUAUUCAGAUUUCUAACCCUCAACUGAAAUCGCUGGGAAAUAGUUCAGAGAAUGCAACUUCUAAAAUUUGUUCUUACUGUACUUUAGAAUGUGAACUCACUUCAGACCACCACUGUGUCAUGUGCCAUAGUAAGAAAGUUGAUUUAUCAUCCCCAACUGGGAUGGACUGGAAAAUUACACAGACAUCCAAAGUGAUUGAUAAGGAGAUGAUUUGUGAGAGUAAGGAAAAUACUAUUUCCUCAAGUUACCCUGUCUCCAAAGACCUGCCUGAAACCAUUUCAGAGAACUCCUCCUUUUCCUGGAAAAUAGGUAGUGGUGACUGUAGGAUCUCUUGGGAUGAUCCUCUGCCAGAGAAAUUAGAGAAGAAAGCCAGUGUGCUGGAGACAUAUUUUUUUUACUUGCAUCAGUUGAACAAGAUCCGGGGUUGUAAUUCAGAAGAAGAAAGCUUAUCUUUCUCCAACCACUUUACUGAUCUUUUGGAAAACAAUGCCAGCAAAAGGCAUCCAGAGAAGAAAAUCAUAGAUGAAAGAAUCAGAUCCAGUAGUGAGAGCGGUGUUUUUCAAGCUAUUGGUCACAGAGAAACUACUGAGCCAGUACAGGAAAAUAGCCAGCAUGGCUCUAUUGAAGAAGAAACUACUGAAGAAUGGCUCUUUCCAAAGUCUUUGAGCAAUCUUAUUAAGGAGUCAAAGUUUCACCCAGAGAGGCCAUUUUAUGCCCCCAUAAAAAUUACCUCCAAAGCAACUGAUUGUAAGAGCUACUGGAAGAAAUCCAGAGUGGCAUGGUCUUCUCAUGUACGUGGAGAACAGGAACUAAGAUCACAAACCAUGUCAAAACCAAGUUCUGCUCAGGUGGAAAAGAAAAAAAGCAUGGGGAACUCUCAUAGCAUUUGCCUAUCUGGGUUUACACCUCAAGACCUUUGCAAGAACAUUUACAUAGAUCUGGAGAGAGAAGUGAAGGAAAGUCAGAGAGAUCCAGCCCUCUCCAUGUGGCAGCUUCUGCCUGAUGAAAUAUGGAUCUGCAUCUUUUCCCUUCUGUCUCAUAAGGAGCUCUCUCGAGUUGCACAAGUUUGCCGCCACUUCCGCCAGCUUGCGAGUGAUGACAGCUUUUGGAAGCGAAUCUACAUUUCAGACUGCCAUACCUUGAAUGAUGACUGUUUGGUUACCUUGGGGAACCAUCAUCCCCAGUCUCUCACUCUGCACCGCUGCCAUGAUGACAUCCAAGCCAUCACUGAUCGGGGAUUAAAGCAAUUUUUUCAUCACUGUAGAGAAUCUCUCCAGGAGCUGAAUGUCACAAGUUGCAGUGGUCCCAGACUGAAAGGGGAUAAACUUCUCCUUUAUGCAAGUACAUUUUGCAACAGGUUGACUGUAGUGGAUAUAAGUUGGACUGGGGCUACAGAUUUGGGUGUGUUAGCUCUAGCUGAAGGAGUUUCAAGUCUUCAAGGAUUAUCUAUUAAUGGAUGCCAAAUUACAGACAAAGCCAUCAGAACCUUAGUUAAAAAACAUGGAAACAGCCUCAAUAAACUAGAAGUGUUUGGUUGUCAUGCUCUCACAGCCAGGUGUGUGAGCUGUUUGGCACUGUCCUGCCCCCAUCUGCGGACCUUGAACAUUGGUAGAGUUCCCAAGAUCACUGAAGCUUCCUUUGCCAAGAUACUGGGCAACUUAAGAAAAGUAACUGCUCUUAAUGUGGCAGGUCUUGAAAUGGUGAAGGAUCAAAUUGUCCACCUCAUUGUGACGAAAUGCCAGAAUCUGGACUGCUUGGUUCUUAGUUCCUGCUCCGGGGUAACAGAUGUAAGCCUGCUGGAAAUUAGCACCUACUUGAGAAAAAUCAGAAAUCUUGAUGUGAGUGGUUGUAAAAAGGUCACUGACAUUGGGGUCCAAGCUUUGGCAAGAAGCUGUCAUCAGCUUCAGUAUCUUGACCUGAGUUCAACAGGGGCAAGUAAAAGAGGGGUUAGUUUGUUGGCUAGCUAUUGCCAUGGCACAUUGGAAUGCGUGAAACUCAGUUUCUGCAAGGAAAUCACAUUGGAUGUUGUUAGAAAGCUUUGCAAAAAGUGCAGACGCCUGAAGAUGCUGCAUCUCUAUGGCUGCCAUAUCACUCCAGACCUGAGUGUAAUAAAAGACAUUUACAAAACAGUACAAGUAUUUCAUGAUGUUUCUGCCUCCGCCUGCUAAAGAGGAAGUGGAAUCCCAGCAACGAUGAUGGAUUUUAUUUUUCAUCAGGCUUCAGUCAAGAUGUAAGAUCAGAGUCCGAAGCAAAUUUCCAUUUAGGGUAGAGACCGAAAUUUUCUUUAGCAUCAUUAAGUUGGAGAGACCCAAUUCUAAGACUUUAGAGCUGAUUCCUUCAGCUAGAAAUGAUCUUUCCUACUUGGAAUCUCUCACGGCAUUUUGUUUGGACUUAACUUUUGCACUUAUUCUAUAUAGUUUCUUUGCUUAUUUAUGUAUCUCUUAUGUAAACUACUAAAGUGUAAGCUUCUUGGGGGCAGGGUUUGUAUUUUUUAUUUCAUUUUUAUACCCCCAACUAAUCAUGAUAUCUUGCACAUAGGAAGUUUUUAAUCAAUGUUUGCAGAAUUAAAUUUUAGAAUGUAGUCUUAUAUACAAAGAAGAAUAUUAUUGGAAAUAUAUAUCAAUUAUGUACUAAUAUGUGUUUUCUGUAAGUGGUAAAAUAAUAUAGUAAUAAAGUUUAGUAUAAAGUCCCAAAUUCCAUCCAUUUUUUUUUACAAAAAGCAAGUAUUUGGUAUAAUCAACUUUAGCUAUUGAUAUUUGUUUUUCUUUACCCCAUCAAUCAGUCAACAAGUAUUUAUUAAGCACCAAGGAUGUGCCAAGCAUUGUCAUGGAAUAAAACAAUCCCAACUCCAGAGGGACUUACAAAUUUAAGGAGGGACAAAACAUGUAUUUGAAAGUGUAUAAAUAUGUUUGCAUUUCUUUAUAUGUGUUUACAAAGAAUGAAUACAAGGAAAAUAAAUAUGAAUAAAUAUAAACUAAUUAAUUGCAAGAUAACUUGAAAGAGAGAACAUUAAGGGGAUCAUACAAAGCUUAACACAUAAGAUGGUGCUUGAGCUACAUCUUAAAAGAAGAGAGGGUCUCUAAGAACCAGACAUGGUAUUCCAGACAUGGUGAAUAUCCAGUACAAAAAUACAGAGACAAGAAAUUUUUCACACUUUGUGAGGAAUAGAAAGUAGAUGAAACUAUAAAGCACUCUAUAAAUUUGGAUUAUUGAUAUGGAUGCUUAUGUGUUAUAUAAUAGUUAUGACUUUUUUUUAUCAAGGUCCAAGAUAUUAUUGGUAUAGGGAACUCCUAGUGAGGAAGCUACCUUUAUCAAUGCAGAUCACUACCUGUUCUGCAACUAAUAGUCUUAAAGGGUUGAGGACACUGAAAAUUUUAAGUGACUUGAUAAAGGGCACGUAGCCCUUAUAUGUAAGAGUCAGACUCAGACCUAUGUUUUUACAUAUUAAGCUCCUUGUUUGUCUUUAUCUCACAUUUUGGAGUACCAAUCCAUCAACCAAAUUUGUCUGUGGAAUAUUUUAUUCCAUUUUUCUGUUGAUUUCUUAUUAUCCCAAUAAUCCAAUUACUGUUUCUCUGUGUACUCUGAAGGUCUUUUAUUCUUCACUGCCUACAAAACAUUCUUACAUAUUCUGAUUCUGGAGUUUGACUGAUGUUUCUUGGUAAAUUAAAUGUGAGGUUUCUUUCUGCUGGUGUUCUCUCUAUUUAUACCUCUCUGCUUCCAAUUUUUCUGAAUGCUUUUUUUUGGUAUGAUUUUUUUUGAAGCAUGAUAUCCAGGUUGUCCUGUCUAUAAUAUUUUCGAAUGGUAUUCUUAAGAUUAUCUCUUCACAUACAAUUCUUCUUUAUCCUGCUUUUGUGUUCUUCCAAUCUAAUUUUUGCUUCAUUAUUUUUUCUUCUUCCUCUACAUUUCUGUGAUCCAAUUUUUGCUGCUGUUGAUGCUUUAAGGAGUCUGUAGUUGUAAUAUUUAUGUCUUCUAUUCUUAACCUCCUAGUUCUGGCAAAGCUUGAUGAUUUAUUUUUUAGGCUCUAUAACUUCAGUUAUUAUUUCUGUCAUAUUUUUACUUAACUUUUUGUGUGCUCUUCUGAACCAUUCUGGAGGUUCUGGAAUUAGGCCACUGUAAUUUCCAGAAGACUUUCAGAAGUUGUCAUUCAGUCUUUACUUUCCUGGAUAGGGGUGCCCUAGCAAUAAGGUACAACUUAUCUAUGACUCUGAAAACCAGUGAUUAGUUCAUAAUUUGAUUUUUCCAAUUUAUUUAGCUCUUUAUUAGCAAUAUAUUUAUGAUAAUGAAUGACAUUUGUAAAGUACCCACCUUACUAGUUCCAGUUUGGAUUUCCAAAGAACUGAACUUAAAAACUUUUCACUUAAGAGAAUUGUGAAGAGCAACUGAACUUAUGGGAAUGCUUAAGAGAGCUCUUGAGAGCACAUAAGAGAGCUAUCAAGAACACUGCACUUAAGAGAGUUGUCAAGAACACUGCACUUAGGAGCUGUGGAGAGCACUUAAGAAAAUGCUUAAGAGAGCUGUCAGAGAGCACUGCACUUAUGCUAUCUGCUGAGAGGCUUAAUAAACCUGUGGAAGGCACUGCACUUAGGAAAGCAGUGGAAAGCACUUAAGAGAGUGCUUAAGAGAGCUGCCCAUCUUAUCUAUUACUGAGAUUAUUUUUUAUCUGUUCAAAAUCAACUUUUUGGCAGGUAGGAAGAGAGGAAAGUAUAUAAAUAGACUAAUAUAUAAAGAGGUAGAUAGAUUAACAAAGAGUUUAUUAGAUACUUAUUAUGCUCUAGGUAUUGUGCUACAUGCCCCCAGUGGCAAUAUUUUAACCCAAGGAAGAUUAUAUAUUAUGGGGUCAUGGUGUGUGAAUCUUCUCUUAUCACUUUAAGUGCUAGGCUAUUGUAUUCUUAGAGAAACUGCCCUUAAAUUGGGUUAGUAGUUUCAGACAGUGUUGUACAUAGUAGUACAUAAUGUUUGUCGAAUUAUCAAACUGACCAAAACUUUAGCCUCAGAAAUAUAUUCAUAAAAAUUAAAAGGUGUUUCUUCAAGUUAACUACAUCAUAUAUUAUGUGGAAAAAUCAACAGCUUUAUUAAGUGAUCACAUAAAUGCACCCAAAAUAAUCUUUACUUUUUUCUGAAUCAAUGAUUCUAUCUUGUAUU